UCUGUAUGCACGCCCAGCCCAGCGUUUCAGCGGCAAACAGGGAAAGGGAGUCGUUGCCCUAGAUGGGCUCGGGACGGAGUAGAUUUUAGAAGGAAGAAAUUUCGGAGGAUGUGGCCUAAGCCAGGGAUAUCUUGGGUCGCGGGUGGGAACGUGGACUGCGGCCUGGCCGAGGGGCUUUGGAAGGAUCAGGGCGAAUCUACACUUGCGUCGGGGGAGGCCGGAGAUUCGGCCCUUUUGGGGAGCAUGCUGUGAAUGCCAGCUGGAUCGCUGUCCAGGAGCUAGAGAAACUGGGCCUUGGGGACAGCGUGGACCUGCACGUGUAUGAGAUCCCUGUGGAGUACCAAACUGUGCAGAGGCUCAUCCCAGCGCUGUGGGAGAAACACAGCCCCCAGCUCGUGGUGCAUGUCGGGGUGUCAGGCAUGGCCACCACAGUGACGCUGGAAAAAUGUGGCCACAACAAGGGUUACAAAGGACUGGAUAAUUGCCGGUUCUGCCCCGGCUCGCAGUGCUGCGUGGAGGAUGGUCCAGAGAGCAUUGACUCCAUCAUCGACAUGGACGCUGUGUGCAAAAGGGUGACCACACUGGGGCUGGACGUGUCUGUUACCAUCUCCCAGGAUGCUGGCAGAUACCUGUGUGACUUCACAUAUUACACGUCGCUCUACCGGGGCCGAGGCCGCUCAGCUUUUGUCCAUGUGCCCCCCCUGGGCAAGCCUUACAAUGCUGACCAGCUAGGCCGGGCACUACGGGCCAUCAUUGAAGAGAUGCUGGGUGUUCUAGAGCAGGCAGAGGGAGACAUCAGCUGCUGCCACCAGCUCUGACAGCCAUGUACAUCUGGGUGCCAUGCUGUGAGAGGGGACACAACUGGGCUCAUGGAGGGUCCUGACUUACCUGCCCCUCUUGGUGGACCACAAGGGGAGUGAUGGAUAUCAUCCUGUGUCUGGGGACACUUCUGCUGUGCCCCGAGGCCAGGGCUAGGGUGAGAUGACCAGAGGCCUGCACACCUGCCAUGCCGCUACCCCCUGACACACUGUGUUUUCAGCUGUGUGGAUGAGGAGUUGAAGCAUUCUUUGUGGCAGGGGCCUCACAGAGUGUCAUAAAGUAGAUUGGCUGUAAUCUCUGCCCCUAUACCCUGGACGUCCCUACCAAAGCCACUUGGGACUCGGCAGCCUUUUCUAUCCUCUCUCUGUCUCUGUCUCCCUAUCUGUGUCUCUGUCCCUGUCUGUCUUUGUAGUCCCCACCUCCCCAUCUGUGCUAGAUUAGGGAACAGAGUAAUUUAUAUUCCCAUUGUUAAGACUUCAGGCCUAACCAACAAGUGUCUUUUCUUUCUCCUGGGAGGGGAGGCCUCUUUUGCCUCCUAUCCUGAAAUGCCAUCAUACUUUAGGGCUCCAUUGUGGGCUCCCUUUGCUCGGGGAGCAGGCUGCUGUGGCCACCGAGGGCCUGGCCACAGUGGCCACCAGUGCCUGUGGGGAGCUGACCCUGCCGUGACCUUUCUUGUUCUCUUUUUUUAGUUUUUUUUCCAGGUUUUCAAAGGCAUUUUUUAUUCACUAUUUUUGAUGACUAUAAGUGUUUCCUGUAUGGAAAAGAAAGUUAGCACAGUACAUUUUCAUGACUGGGGAAUGGAUUUCUGAAGGUCAUGUUCAAUGGUGUCAAAACUUGGAGGAAAAAAAAGUUAAAAAAAAAAACAAAAACAAAAAAAACAAACCCAAAACCUUAAGGUUGAAAUUCAGUUCUUUAUAAAGUUCCUUGUAGAAACAAAACAGAAUAAAAACAAACCUUAAGGGGUGGGGCAGGGGUUGGGGAUUCAGCUCAGUGGUAGAACACUUGCCCAGCAAGCACAAAGCCCUGAGUUCGGUCCUCAGCUCUGGGGGGGGAGGGGGGGCUGAACGGGUGGGUCAAUUUUUUAAAAAGGAAAGGAAAAAGUGGUUCGCUGCUUCUCCUCAGACUUCUCUUUAGCCCCGUCUCUGGCCUCCCUCACUGAAAGGGCUUCCAGCUUCUCAGCCGCCUUUUCGACAUUGUCGUUUUUGCCUGGUCCUUUCUUUUCUCUCUCUUCAAUUUCUUUCCUGCAUUUUUCAAACUUUGUUUUGAGCUUUUGUGCAUUCUCAGUAUUUAGAAACGGAUGGUGAGUGUCCGUCAGCAAACUUGGUGUGGGUAUUCCAGACCCAGGAGAGGGGGUUUGGGUAGGGGGAAGUACCUGUCCGUCCAGCCCCAGACCCCAUGUGGUUUUGACAGCAAUAAGGGAAAUGGGGUAACGACCCCAAAAAAUAAUGGUGUGUGUGGAAAAAAGGGGGUGCCGCAGGUGAGAGGCCAUUUCACAACAUCCAACCACCGUGGUUGUUGAUCCAACCACCGUGGGUACCUUCUUUGCCCAUCAGCAGGAGCAUCUUGGCAGUCAUGGUGCAGUGACAUUGAAGGUGGGGGUUCCUCCAGUGCUCUUGGUAUGAAGACCCAUUGUAAAUUCCCCGACUUGCAGCAGUGAGUCCUGGAUCACAGAACAUUUUUUGGCCCCCAAGCGUCAAGCUAUUCAUGAAAAAACUUGACCAGUCUUUGCCUACCAUGAGACCAAACUCAGCAAGUGUAAUGCUAACGAAGUUCUUCCCAGGGAUGGCAGCCCAGAUGGAGGGCAAAUCCUUGUAGCCUACAAUGGCCAAUGGCCGUGUCCUGACAGGUGCCAUCUGCCACCGUGCCAUGACGCUGCAGCUGGGGCUGCUCUGCGGGCUGCUGCUGGGAUCACAGGCUGGGAUCAGGCUGGCUGACUGGGGGUAGAGAGAGCUCGUCAGGACACGUGCUGCUGUCCAGAACUCUGAUUUUUUUUAGACUAAAAAUUUAGAGACUCUAAAAUUUUGAGAGUAUUUGUUGUUGUUCUUUUUGAGACAGGGUCUCAGGUAGCUCAGGCUGGCCAUUUGAACUCAUUCUGUAAUCCAGGUUGGCCUCAUGUGAACUCCUAAUUCUCUGGCCUCAGCUUCCUAAGUGCUGGGAGUCGGACAGGUGUUUGCCACACACAUGGCCCACCGGGGACCUAGAACCUACAGUGAACCGUCACCCAGGCUCUGUGGAUGUUCUGCAUCCUGAGGUAGACAGCCUCUAAUAUCCUGUUAGGGACCUAGGACCAGAGCUGAGGUGCCCAGGCAUGUCCCAACAUGUCGCAUCGGCCACAGGGAUAUCGGUUGAAGUGCAUUUGGAAGUGUGUCUGGGACGCCAGCCAGCCUUUGUCUCCAGCUGACUUUGAACUUCCAGGCCAGGAGGGAGGGGCUCUCAGGAAGGGUGGGAUGUGACAUGUGACCUGGACUCCUUCCAAGACCAAGUCUAGUCCCUGCCAGUGAAGCCACAGUAUUGUAGACACCACCUUUCUUUUAUGGGUGGUCGGAGGCCUCGCUGUCCCCAUGGGAUUGAUGGAUGUGAAUUCUGAAGCAACUUCUCAUCCCUGGAUCUUUUUGUUUGUGAGACUGGGUCUCCUAUAGCCCAGGCUAGCCUCCAAGUCACUGUGUAGCUGAGGCUGACUCCUCCCUCGACCUACCCAGUGCAGGGCUUAUGAUCGCAUGUGUGCUGGGCCCGGCUACUUUUUAAGCUCUAACGUUCCUUGUUCAGAAGCGGUCUCUUCAUGUCAUCUUCCUGUCGAUCCUGUGUCUGUCGUCACAUGGAGAUCUGAGCAGUCUCAGGGGUAAGGGCACCCUGGAGUGCCCCGGGGUGACUUGCUGUCCCCACAGAAACAUCUGUGGCCCACAUGCAGCCACCAAACCCAGUCACUACUAUGGACGCCAAGAAGUGCUUGCUGACAGGAGCCCGAUAUGGGUGUCCCCUGAGAGGCUCUCCAGAGCCUUAGUGACACAGAUGAGGAUGCUUGCAGCCAACCAUUGGAUCGAGCAUGGGGACCCCAAUGGAGGAGUUAGGGGAAGGACUGAAGGAGCUGAAAGGGUUUGCAACCCCAUAGGAAGAACAACAACAUCAACCAACCAGACUCCCAGAGCUCCCAGGGACUAAACCACCAACCAAAGAGCACACAUGGAGGGAUCCAUGGCUCCAGCUGCAUAUGCUGCAGAGGAGGGCAGUGUCUGGCAUCAAUGGGAGAGGGGCCCUUGGUCCUGGGAAAGCUUGAUUCCCCAGCAUAGGGGAAUGCUAGGGCAGCGAGGCUGAAGUGGAUGGAUAGAUGGGGAGCAGCCUCAUAAAACCAGGGGGAGGGCGAUAAGAUGGGUUAGGGGAUUUUCAGAGGGCAAACUGGGAGGGGGAUAACAUUUGAAAUGUAAGUAAAUAAAAUAACCAAUAAAAAAAAGGAGCUACAGAAUCCAUUAUACUGACUGGAGAAAAACUAAAAGUAUUUCUUUUAAAAUGAGUGAUAGAAAAUGUAGGAUGAUGUCAUAACGCACUGUGAUGGUUUGCAUAUGCUUGGCCCAGGGAGUGGCACUAUUAGAAGGUGUGGCCUUGUUGGAGGGUGUGUCACUGUGGGGAUGGGCUUGGAGACCCUCCUCCUAGCUGCCUGAGGAUGCUCAGUCUGUUCCUGGCUUCCUUUGGGUGAAGAUGUAGAAUUCAGCUCCUCCUGCACCAUGCCCACCUGUAUGCUGCCAUGCUCCCACCUUGACGAUAAUGGACUGAACCUCUGAACCUGUAAGCCAGCCCGAAUUAAAUGUCAUCCUUUAUAAAACUUACAUUGGGGGCUGGGGAUUUAGCUCAGUGGUAGAGUGCUUACCUAGGAAGCGCAAGGCCCUGGGUUCGGUCCCCAGCUCCGGAAAAAAAAAAAAAAAGAACCAAAAACUUACAUUGGUCAUGGUCUCUGUUCACAGCAAUAAAACCCUAAGACAGAA